AUGAGACGGGGCAGCGAGAGCCAGACCACUGUAGGCCAGGUGGCAGAGGACCAGCGGGAAUCAGUCCCCAGGAACCCGACUGAGUGGGUCCUUGGGGACCCGAUGGGCUCCACCCCGGAGGAUCAAGGAGACCAGCUGGACUCGGUCCCCGGGGACCCGGUGCGCUCCACCCCUGAGGACCAAGAGGACCAGAUGGAAUCCAUCUGCAGGGACCCAGUAGACUCCGCCCCACAGGACCAGCUGCAGGACCAGAAGGACUCAUUCCCCGGGGACCCUAAGAUCUUAGACUUCGGGGAUCUGGAGGAAGUGGUCGAAGACCUGAUCACUUCCCUUCAGAACGGUGACCGCGAGUAUCUCAUGGCCUUCCUGAGCAGCUACCCUGCUCAUACCACCAUUGAGCAGGUGCUGGAUGUCAUCUUCAGGCGGUAUGCACGCUUCCGCCCCGGCUGCCAGGAGGAUGAGCGGCUCAAGAACUCCAUCUGCACCCUCCUGGACACUUGGACGAGCGUCUUCCCCGGGGACUUUGCCACAACAGCGGGCAUGUGCGCGCUGAAGAAGGUAAAGACGUACCUGAUCAUCCAUUUCCCAUACUCGGACGUCCUCAUACGUGUGCACGAGCUCCUUACGAGACUGCUCUCAGAAACUGCAGAAGAGAGCGAUUAACAACAAGCCAGGGUGACACAUCUGGAGACUACGAAAACUCUGCUGCUGCUCUGUGGAGAAGAGGACAACUUGGGGAGCCAGGAGCGCAUGGUGCCUCCGCCUCCAUCAGCUUCCCUCGGCUACUGCAGGCAUGCCCUACCCCUUGUUCCUGACUCAUGCGAGCAUGCUAAUCACCAGAUGUGUCACAGAUGACAAAGUGGCACGCCCUCCUGAUCUCCCUGUUGGCAUUAGUGCGGGCCUUAACCCCUGUGUGUGUCUUAGUUAUUGUUAUUGUCUGUAAUCUUUUAAGCGUCUUUUAUAUUAAGUUAAUAAAUGUGUGACCUUGACCAGAACAUAAGCUGUGAAAUUGUGAACUCCUGGAAAUGCUGUGAAUCAGGCUCAGUGCUUUAUCAGACCUACUACAUUAUGAAGGUCAUAUCAGGAAGAUUAAUGACAAAUAAACAAACAUUCCCUUCCCUCGGAAUCCUGUGUGCGGCGACAAAGCUUAUCUAACAUUGAUGCUCUUUUGAAACCUGACAUUUGACAGUGGCAUUGGUAAAAGCUAAAAUUAUAGUACAUCUUGGAGUACUGAAAAUGCAGCCCUGCCUGCAAACCAAAUUUCCUAAUGGAGCAAGAUGAAGGAUGGUGAAGGCAUGGGGGUAGGGGUUGGGGAGGUGUCUGGGCUGGGCGUGGGGUGGAGUGGCACGCAGGUGCAAAUUUGUGCGCGUGUGUGUGGAAGGGUGUGCGUGCGUGCAUGUGUGUGUGUGCCUGUGUGUGUGUGUGUGCAUGCAUACGCGUGUGGGGUGUAGGUGUGUGUGAAUGCGUAUAUGCCUGAGUGUGUGUGUGUGUGUGUGUAUGUGUGUGUGUGAGUUUCCGGUGAUGAAGAGGAAGGAGGUUUAUUUCUUCAUCAGCUCACAAUCCUGUGUGUUUCUUACUAGCAGAAAAAGUACUUUUUGCACAAUCUAAAAUUUCAGAGUGCUCGCUUUGACUUUUGCUCUUUGCCCUCUCUCCUGUGAAGUAAUAGCACAGACAGUAUUUUUAGAAGCAUUUAUUCAGCUUUCCUAAUACUUGCCUUUCAGUUUCCUGCAUCGAGGGUGCUUUUCCGUGGAGUUAUUUGCUAUUUGUACUUACGCUAUGUAUUCAGGGUUACCUUUCUUCUAAGUAAAAUAUUAAUCUUCCUUCAAAAAAUUUAAAUAACAGCAAUCUUUUUACACCCCUUAGUGCUCUACAAAAUCACUAAGGAAACUGUAAAAAUUGUGUGUGAGAUCAUGGAAAGUUGGGUUUCCCCUCCCAAGCUCCACAGGCGCAGAUCCACGUUCCACAUUACAUGCAUAAGCUGGGCAACAAAGGCUGACGUACUCAAGAGCCCAGACCUGGGUGUGGUGGCUCACACCUGUAACUCAACACUGAAAGUUGAGAUAAAAGGGACAGCUGGGAGUCCCAGGCCAGCCUGGGCUACAGUGUGAACUCUAUCACAAAAAGAAAAAUAACUCUUUUGGCUUUAAAUAAAGAUGGAAACACUU